AUUGCAACACGGCUGCACAGCAAUCAAUGCAGGCUGCGUGAUGCAGCGAAACACGCUGCUUAUCCUUGCACUCCUGCUGCCCGUCGGUUUCGCCGUGAGCGAUGCACCACCGAGCCCUGCAGCAGCUUCAAACGCUGCCAGCGGCGACGCCGCGGCGGCGGCCGCACCCGUCGUCGCAGCGACCAAUGCGUCGCAGCCGCCCGACGCCGCCAACGCGACGGCGACGAACGCCAACGCGACGGCGACGAACGCCACCGCGGGCCGCCUCCACGGCCUCCGGGACCGUUUCGCGGCCUUGAGUGCGCCAAACAUCUCCCUGCGGCCCUCGCUGCGCCCCGUGCGCAAGAAGCUCGCCAACCUGACGGGCCUGCACGGCUUCGUCUCGAACAAGAAUAAUGGAUCCGCGGCGAACCGCAUCAAAACGAUCUUCGCCUCAGCACCAGUCAACGUGACAGUCAACACGACGAACGCCACAAUCCAACAACCUCUGGCGCCGCCCUGCGCGACCGUCGCCUGCGUCACCUGGAACCUGGCCGCGACGAGCCCCAGUUCGAAGGAUGCGAAAUUCUUAGAAAAAUUGAGACGGCACGACCUCGUCUGCAUUUGUGUGCAAGAGCUCGAGGACCUGAAGCCUCGAAGGCAGCCGGGCCACCGGGCCGAGGCCUGGACGGCGUUACUCGCCGAGAAGUUCCCCGCGAAAACUCAUACUGUGGUUGCGGACCAGUCAGCAGGACCCGUCCGACUGACGAUCCUCCAGAGGAAGCGGUCGAAACUUAUCAAAGUAGAAGCUUGUACGUGCGGAGACGUGGCCUGCGGCAUCGGGAACGUGUUGAGAAAUAAAGGUUGCGCGGCCGCGUUUUUGGAUCUGAAAGUGCGGUAUGACAAGACGUCGGGCAGUGCCAAACUGUUAGUGAUCAGUGCGCACUUAGCCGCCCAUGCGCACAAAGCGAACGAUAGGGAUGCGGAUUUUCACAGAAUAUGUAGAGAGCUACUCCCGCAGAUGCCUUCGCAGUGGGGUUCGCACGAUCUGUUGGAUUGUGUGGACUGUUGUCUCUUCGCCGGCGACCUGAACUACCGCUUGGACUUACCGAGGGCCGAGGCUGAAAGGGGCGCUUUGAGUGGUGACUUUGCGUCUCUGCUCGACUAUGACCAACUAGUCCGGAGGAAGGCCCAGGGUUCGGCCUUCGCCGACUUUUUUGAAGGUGAAAUACGGUUCGCGCCGACGUUCAAGUUCGACCAGCGUUCAUCGACCUACGACUCGUCGAAGAAGAUGCGCGUGCCGUCGUGGACGGACCGGGUCCUGUACAUCCCGCGGUCCUCUCGCAAAAAGUCGCCCGAACUCACGCUGGCGUCCUACGACUCGGUGGACACGCGGUCGUCGGACCAUCGACCGGUCGUGGCGACGUUCGCGCUGCGGCCUAGGGUGUCGGCGCCGGCGCCGCUCGUCGCGCGUAAGAGAUAGAGCGUUUUACGCGGGGGAGAGGGAGCGUC